AUGGAUCCAGCUACGCCGCGGCACCCAGCGCACUUACAGAUGGGGGCCCCAGACCCAAUUCCAUCCUCAUCACCCGCAUUUGGGACCCCGGCCCGUCCAUUUCGCGUGCACAAAGCCCAUGCUCCUCCGACGAAGACAUCUAUCCUACCCAUCUUGCUACCUCCUUCUACUCUUCGACCGGUGGCUUUUCGCACAUUCACUCGCAAGCACAAUCUCACCAUUUCAUCGUCUGCACUACAAACGCUUGCUGUCUUCGUGGGCAAAAAUUGUGGUUCAGGAUGGCGAGAAGAAGGCCUGGCGGAGAGAGUCUUAGAUGAAGUGGCAAAGGUUUGGAAAAGAUCGGGCGGAGGCGUCAUCAUGGAAGAGGGCAAGGGUGCUUCUUUGAAGGCGAUAUUGCAGACACUUGAAGGAAGCAUGAGUGGUGGGAGGGUGGCGGUUGGCAAAACGAACCCUCAAGGUGGAUUCGUGAGUGGAGCGACUAUUGACAAUGCGCCGAGUGACUCUAGACCUGACAGCCACGCUGAAGAAGAUGAGGAUGAAUCCAAGCUGUCAUUCCAUCCUCGGAACUGGCUCAAAGUGGUUGACUCCUUCGAUCUUCCCCGGUUGACCUACAACGUGGACAAGAAGUAUUUCGAAGCUAUCAAGUCCAAACCCUCUUUAUUUCCGAACCCUUCGCACAAAACCUCUUUAUUCCGGGAUCGUUACAACCUGGUCUACCAGAGAUUACUACGAAAUGAGUCUUUCCAAAGCUCAUUGGGAGGGACAGGAGUUCCGUCGCUGAAACGGGCCCCAUCGAAUUUAGCCAUGCAGCAAUCCUAUAAACUCACCCCUAUUGCCAAUCUGCUGGGACGCACCGGGAGCUCACAUCUCUUGCUGGGGCUCCUCUCCAUUUCCCCCACCGGUGAUCUCUCUCUUGUUGAUUUGACUGGCAGUGUUGCUCUUGACCUGAGUCAUGCACGCAUGAUCCCCGAGGAUGGGGCUUGGUUUGCCCCGGGCAUGAUUGUGCUUGUGGAUGGGAUCUAUGAAGAGGAAGAGAUGAUACGUGGGUCCGUGCUUGGAGGAAACGCAGGAGUUGGAGGCACCAUUGGAGGCCACUUUGUUGGUGUUUCAAUCUGUGGGCCCCCAUGCGAGAGACGAGAAAUCUCCCUAGGAACAAGUACCCGACAAGGAAGCAGUGAAGUGAGUGCAAAUGGGGGCUUUGGUUGGGUUGACUUCUUGGGUACUGGGAGCGAGCGGGCCCAAGGAGCUCGAAUGAGGAGGAUCCAAGAAAAAUGUCUGCAAACAGAACCGGAGUCCAUGGCGCCUCCAGCCCGAUUGAGAAUAGCUAUACUGAGCGAGGUCAACCUGGACAACAUGAAGACCCUUGAUGCGCUGCGAAAAGUUUUCAGCACCUAUAAUGACCUCGCUAUAUCAGAGCGCCCGCAAACCUUUGUUUUGAUGGGCAACUUCGUACAAAAGGCGAUCAUCAAUGGCGGAGGCCGAGCUGGGAGUAUUGAAUACAAGGAAUAUUUUGACUCCCUCGCAGUGGUGCUAUCCGACUUCCCAGCACUAUUACAACACUCGACAUUCGUCUUCGUCCCCGGCGACAACGACCCAUGGGCCUCUGCAUUCUCCUCUGGGGCAGCCUCUGCUGUUCCUCGGCAGCCCAUUCCCGAACUUUUCACCUCUCGGAUCAAGCGUGCUUUUGCGGCUGCCGCAUCUGAACUUGAUCGAACCCACGCGUCAGAGACACCGGGUGAAGCUAUCUGGACUUCAAACCCAGCACGAUUUUCAUGGUUCGGGCCUGUCCAUGAUAUUGUCAUCUUUCGAGAUGACAUUUCAAGCCGGUUAAGACGCACCGCUAUCGAUACACAAGUCGACAGUGACGAGCCUGAUUCUAGCAUGCAUGAGACAUUGGAAGACGAUGCCGUCUCUAUUGUACCGGAAGCUGAUGGUCACGACGAUGGCUCUAAACAUCAAAUGCUGCCUACCCCUGCUGCAAACUCGGCCCGGAAACUAGUGAAGACCAUUCUAGACCAAGGCACGAUUUCGCCCUUUCCACUUCUCGGUGCGGCCUGUCUUGUGGGACCACGCUUCAGCGUUGCAGCUUUACCCAUUACCCACGGCCCUCGUUUUGGCAGAUGCUGA